UCUUGAGAGACUCGACUUUGCACGUCCGCACGCUCGAUCCGCCACACAUAACUCAACCCGCCUUCCCUCUCACCCUCCCUUUAUGCACCCUUGAGCAGAAAAGACAAGAUGCUGUCAAAUCCGUUGCAUCGAUUCUCACCAUAUCACACCGUCCCUUCCUCCACUCUGUUCUCCAACGGUCAUGUUCCCAACAACCCGCCUCAUUCUGCUGGCAUCCACGAAAUGCCACAGGGUUAUCCCAUCCAGCACAUGCAGCCGCAUGUAGGAGUGCAACAUGCCCAUAUGGCGCCUCGUGGCGCACCAGGACCGUCGCAGCCCAAGCACCGACACCAUCCGUACGUGCCGGGCACCAGGACGUCGGGUGCUUCGGGGCCCGUUCGGAGGAGAAUCAGCCGUGCCUGCGACCAGUGCAACCAACUCAGGACAAAGUGUGACGGACAGCAUCCAUGCGCCCAUUGUAUAGAAUUUGGCUUGACCUGCGAAUACAUUCGAGAGAGGAAGAAGAGAGGCAAGGCGUCACGAAAGGACCUCGCGCAGCAACAAGCCGCGGCACAAGCAGCCGGUAAAUCAGAUAGCGACGAGCAAGGGAAGACAUCUGACCAAGCAGAACCAGCGAAUGCGGCCAGGACAGAAAAGAACAACAGACAACCAGUGCCCAACGACUCGCAGAAAAUCUUGACCAAGGAGGAACAGGGACCAGAGGAUGUCAGCGAGGACGCGAUGCGGCCGGAACCGACAAGUGGCUCACUCGAAGCGUUGGGUGAGAUGAAUCCGCACCCACAAGUGCACCAGCAACACCAACACCUGUCCGUGUCCGGACCACCUGGCAUCAACCGGGAGCACAUGGAGAAUCCGCCCUCGUCUCUCGACUUGAACGGCUACGGAAACAUGGCCGGAGGCUACGACCGGCAGGGCAUGGUACCGCCCAUGAUGGACGGGACAGCUCACGCACCGUACGCCCCGAAUCAGGGCAACAUGCCGGCCUAUCCCGACCUGCCUUAUGCCAUGCAGCCUCAAAGCCCCAGCGCCUUCCCGAGCAACGCGCAGUUCCGCAUGAACAGCCCGCUGAACGCGUACCCCAUGGCCGGCGAGCCGACCUCCCCCGGAUGGAUGGAUAUGCCCUCGCCCACGGCCCAGUAUCAGCAGCAGCAGCAGCAGCCGCAGCCGCAGCAGCAACAGCAACGCGUGCCUCAUACCAGCUACGGUGGCCAGCAACUGCGGUACCCAGUUCUCGAACCGCUGAUCCCUCACCUGGGAAACAUCAUCCCCAUCUCUCUCGCGUGCGACCUGAUCGACCUCUACUUCGCAUCCUCAUCCUCUGCCCAGAUGCACCCCAUGUCGCCGUACGUGCUGGGCUACGUUUUCCGAAAGCGGUCUUUCCUCCACCCGACAAAGCCCAGGCAAUGCCAACCCGCGCUUUUGGCCAGCAUGCUCUGGGUCUCCGCCCAGACCAGCGACGCCCCCUUCCUCACCAGCGUGCCGUCGGCAAGGGGCAAGAUUUGCCAGAAGCUCCUGGAGCUUACGGUCGGCUUGCUCAAGCCUCUCAUCCACACUCCGACAGGCGAGGGAUCCCCCGCGCCGAGCCCCGUCGUCGACGGCGUAGCCCUCGGUGGUCUCGGUGUCGCCCUGCCAGGGUCGAUGAGCAUGGAUGCCCUCUCGGGCGAAUCUGGCGCUUUCGGUGCUGCUGGCAAGCUCGACGACGUCAUCACCUACAUUCACCUGGCCACCGUCGUUUCGGCAAGCGAGUACAAGGGGGCGAGUAUACGGUGGUGGAACGCGGCCUGGUCGCUUGCUCGCGAGUUGAAGCUGGGCCGGGAGCUGCCUCCGUCUCCGGCGUCCAUGUGCAACGGCCCAGACGGCAGCAGCGGCGACCCCGACGGUCCCCUAACCACCGGCGCGACCACUCCGGGCGUCAUUACAGAGGAGCAACGCGAGGAGCGUCGCCGCAUCUGGUGGCUCACAUACAUUGUCGACCGCCACCUUGCCCUUUGCUACAACCGGCCUCUCUUCCUCCUUGACAUUGAGUGCUCCGGCCUGCUGCAGCCCAUGGAUGAUACGGCGUGGCAGAACGGUGAGUUCAACAACUACAGCGGCAGUGCUGCCGGCGCCGGUCUGGGCGGGGGGAACAGUGGCGAGACGCAACAACAGACGCGACUGCGUGGUCCUCAUUUCGAAUGUACCGGACACGGCAUCUUCGGCUACUUCUUGCCCUUAAUGACGAUUCUCGGCGAGAUUGUGGAUCUACAUCACGCACGGAACCAUCCUCGGUUCGGUGUCGGGUUCCGCGCGGCGCAGGAGUUUGACGAUCAAGCGGCCGAGAUCACGCGACACCUCGACGCCUACGAAAGGAGCCUGAAGCGGUUCGAACAGCUGCAUCUCGGGGACAAGCAGGCUGCCAACAACGAUCAACAUGCGGCGGCGGCGGACGGCAACGAGUCCGGGGCCGUUGACGCCAACACGCCGUCGGUGCACUCGGUACAUACCAACACGUCGAAUCGCAUGACCGAAUCGGACAUCCAGACCAAGAUAGUCGUGGCCUACGGCACGCAUGUGAUGCACGUGCUCCACAUCUUGCUGGCGGGCAAGUGGGACCCCAUUAAUCUGAUCGACGACAACGACCUCUGGAUCUCGAGCCAGGGCUUCAUCACGGCGACGGGCCACGCCGUGUCGGCUGCCGAGGCUAUCAGCAACAUUCUCGAGUUCGAUCCGGGUCUCGAGUUCAUGCCCUUCUUCUUCGGCAUUUACCUGCUACAGGGCUCGUUCCUGUUAUUGCUCAUUGCCGAUAAGCUGCAGCUCGAGGCGAGCCCGGCUGUUGUCAAGGCUUGCGAGACGAUUAUUCGGGCUCACGAGGCUUGCGUGGUCACGCUGAAUACGGAGUAUCAGCGUAAUUUCAGCAAAGUGAUGCGCAGCGCCCUUGCUCAGGUGCGCGGCCGCGUUCCCGAAGACCUCCGCGAACAGAACCAGCGCCGACGCGAGCUGCUCGCUCUCUAUCGAUGGACGGGAGACGGCACCGGGCUGGCUUUAUGAUCGGUUCACUAAUGCAGGCUCCCGAAGCCGAGUUGUACGAUUUUGACCACCUGCACAAGGGAAUGAUUGGUUCCUUUACUUCUUUUUCAGCGCCCUUUUCAUCUUCCGUCUCGCUUUAUUUGUUUUCCACGUUUUAGCGACCAGCGACCCGUCAGACGAUCGAUCAUGCCACCAUCACCAUGAAGUAGGGGAAUUCUAGGGGCGUUUCUUGAUCUUCUUCGCGGCCUCCUGGGAGACGGACCGGGAUGACAGAAAAAAAAACAAAAGUGCGGCCAGUUCGAAGAUUUCUUUAUUAUACCAC